AUCAUUUUAUCAAAUAGUUUGUUGAUAGAACUGAGGAGCCAAAGUUAUCCUUCACUUCUUCUUCUUCUUCUUCUUCCGUCUUCUUCUUCUUUCUUCUCUUAGUUGCUGGGGCAGCCAUGAUUUCUGCAGCGACCUUCAGAACAGCGGUGGGGAUCAUAGGAAAUGCACUAUCCCUGAUUCUCUUCCUCUCUCCAGUGCCAACGUUUCGAAGGAUUUGUAAAACCAAAUCAGUGGAGCAAUUCUCACCAGCUCCUUACCUAGCAACUCUUCUAAAUUGUAUGCUGUGGGUGGUCUACGGAAUACCGUUGGUGCACCCAAACAGCACUCUGGUUAUCACCAUUAAUGGCGCCGGAACAGCCAUAGAACUCACCUACGUGGUUCUAUUCCUCGCCUAUUCCCAAGGCAAGCUACGCCUGCGUGUGUUCGCCGUGCUGGCCGCCGAAGUCGCCUUCGUGGGACUUACGGCCGGCCUCGUUAUCGGGCUUCUGCCGACACACGAGCGCCGAUCGCUCGUCGUUGGUAUUAUCUGCAUCUUCUUCGGCACGCUUAUGUACGUUGCCCCCUUGGCCGUAAUGAAAUUGGUGAUCAAGACCAAGAGUGUGGAAUACAUGCCAUUGUUCCUCUCUCUUGCUUCCUUCUUCAAUGGCGUUUGCUGGACUGCAUAUGCCCUCCUGCGAUUCGACCUCUUUAUCACAAUUCCAAACAGCCUUGGAGUUAUCUUCUCCAUAGCACAGCUCGUCCUGCAUAUACUGUACUACAAAUCCACGAAGCAGCAGCUGGAGGCACGUAAAAAGGCUCCCGAGAUCGAUCUGACUGAGGUGGUCGUGAAGGAAGGAGGAGCACAGCAGAAGGGCCGCCACUAAUUUUAAUUAUUCAAUAAUUAAUCAUAGUUAUUGGCAUGUAACUGUGCUUAAUUACAUCUGAUUUACCUUUUAUUUCUACCACCAGCAGCAGCCUUCUUCUUCCCUCGCUGCAGUGAAGCUUGUGAUAAGCUAAUUAAUAUUGUAGCUCUAUCUUUGCUCUCUUUAAUUUUUCUUUUUUUUUUUCGGUUUCUGUAUUUUGGAUUUAGCACCAAAGAGUGUCUCUGAGGAUUUGUCCUCUUUUUCUCAGUAAUAAAUAAUUUAAUCUCUUGCAUUUUA